AUGGAGGUGGAAGCCGUAGGCGACGGAGAUCAGGUACCCUCUAACGUGUAUCUCGUACUUGUUCCACUUGCGCAGGAGAGUGCGCCGGUGUGCUUCGCGGCCGACACGGCGCAGGAGCAGCAGUCGUGGGGCGAAGAGCUCCGCAGGAGGACGCAAGCGUGCUCCCUCAGCAUCCAGGGCCUGAACCUCGAAGGAUGCUCCAACUACCCAUCUGCGCCAGGAGUUCAAAGCAAGGUUCAACAGGACGAGAAUGUGCUCGCGCAAACUCUGGAACUUCUCGACGAACUACUCAAGAAAAAGUCUGAUGGCAAAAAGCUCAAGAAAGGAGAUGAGUCUAUGGGCAUGUCCCAGGACGUGGAGGAGGUGGAACAAGCCUCCAUCAUGGCUCACCAGGAGGCGCUCCGCAAGGCCACCCACCUGAGGCAACGAAAGAUAUCCACUGAGCUCAAGGUGGAGACCCUGCAGAGGCAACUGCGCAAACCGAGCAAGAAGUCUCAACCCCGGGCCAUACCCGAGUUGCCCGAGGGUCGGGAACUCGUUGAAGAACAACUCCAGGAGCUGACGCAGAAGCUUCGCCUGCUCGAAGGGAACCUGGGACAAACCGAGCGUCAGGCGCAGAAAGUGCGUCGCGAGUGGGACAAGAAGAUGGAAGAGGUGUACCAGCACCUGUUCGAGAACAGGUACCUGUCGCCGGAGGACGCCCUGCGCGAGAAUUGGGCCGACUCGUCGUCGGCGCCCCGCAUCCUGGUGUCGCGGACGCAGGACGAGGGGCGCUCUGGCGGAUCGCUCAGAGUGCGCGCCGCCAAGUUCAUGCCCCGCUCCAAGAAGCAGAAGGAGGAGGCGGCGAGCAGCAGCAACAACGGCGGCUCCAUCAUCAAGAAGUCCGCCUCGAACACAUCUCUAAACAACGGUGCGGGCAAGGCCGGCGACGAGUCCGACGACACGACCAAGAGUUCGGACUCCAAGGAGAUGGAGGACACCCGCACCGCGUCCAAGAGCCGCCGGAGCCCGCUGCGCAUCAUCGGAGAUUUUCUCGAGUCGCGCAAGGGCCGAUUCGGAAGCACGCACAAGAAGUCAUUCCGGGGUCGAACCGAGUCCCAGAACAAGCGGCUCAAGGCUCACCACGGCGGAGGCGGCGGCGGCGGUACCGGCGCUGCCUUAGCGACGGUCGGCGCUACUGCAACGGCGGCCUCGUCAGCCGACGCCGCCUCGCUGCUGUCGGCCGAGGAACAGCACAUGGAGCUGCCGUACCUGCAGCUCCAGGAACAGGAAUCGCGUCUCCCGUCACCGGCCGUCGAGCACCCACCUUCGUCUCACGGGACGACGGUGGCGACCGAAGACAACGGCCACCCGGCGUGGAGGGCGGGAUCCUCUCCGCCGCCAGGGGAACUGGCGUCACCCGGUGGCUCCGAAACGAGAGGAGGAGUCUCCGGCGAAGUCAAAGAUGGCGACCACGCCACCUUACUGGCGGCCGUGGUGGCCAGGAACGAAGAGCUUCCUCUGCUGCACACGGAUAGUGGCAGUUGCUGUUCCGAGGACGACGCGCAUAGCCUGGACAGCGGCUCGAGACUGCUCUCCGAGGACCCCGACGGGAACGUGCGAUGCCACAUCGACCCGGAGAUAAUGGCCGAGAUUGAGGCCUUCGAGCAGAUGGCGCAGAGCUACCUGAAGCGUCACGGCCACGACUUCCCUUUUUGAAGACGACUGUUACUGUUGUUUAUUUUUCUGCACCCUUCUUGUACAUAGGCACAUCUUUUCUCACCUGAUAUAUCUAUUUAUCUGCCACGUCUUUUGAAUACGACGACACCACAAAUAAAAUUGUUAUUCACAGCUGAUGCACGAA